CGAGGCACAGCGGGCGCGCGGGCCGGCCCCGGGGCCUCCAUGAUGGAGGAGCGAGCGGCCGCCGCGGUCGCCGCCGCCGCCUCCUCCUGCCGCCCGCUCGGCUCCGGCGCGGGUCCCGGCCCGACGGGGGCGGCCCCUGCCUCUGCCGCUGCCCCGGGGCCCGGCCCGGCCGGUAAGGGAGGCGGCGGCGGAGGCAGCCCCGGGCCUACAGCGGGGCCCGAGCCCCUGAGCCUGCCCGGGAUCCUGCAUUUUAUCCAGCACGAGUGGGCGCGCUUCGAAGCGGAGAAGGCCCGCUGGGAGGCCGAGCGCGCCGAGUUGCAGGCUCAGGUGGCCUUCCUCCAGGGGGAAAGGAAGGGCCAGGAGAACCUCAAGACAGACCUGGUGCGCCGGAUCAAGAUGCUGGAAUAUGCGCUGAAGCAGGAGAGGGCCAAGUAUCAUAAGUUGAAGUUCGGGACCGACCUGAACCAGGGGGAGAAGAAGCCAGAACUGGCAGAACAAGUCUCCAAUGGCCCCGUGGAGUCAGUCACCCUGGAGAACAGCCCGCUGGUGUGGAAGGAGGGGCGACAGCUUCUCCGACAGUACCUGGAAGAGGUGGGCUACACGGACACCAUCCUGGAUAUGCGGUCCAAACGCGUGCGCUCCCUGCUAGGCCGCUCGUUGGAGCUCAACGGGGCCGUGGAGCCCAGUGAAGGUGGCUCUAGGGCCCCACCAGGCCCCGGGACGCUCGGCGGCGGCAAGUCGCUGCUGGUGAAGCAGAUCGAAGAGCAGAUCAAAAGGAACGCGGCGGGCAAAGACGGCAAAGAGCGCCUGAGCGGCUCGGUGCUGGAGCAGAUCCCCUUCCUGCAGAGCUGUGAGGACGAGGACAGUGAUGACGACGACGAGCUGGACAGCGUGCAGCACAAGAAACAGCGGGUGAAGCUGCCCUCCAAGGCCCUGGUGCCGGAAGUGGAGGACGAGGACGAGGAGGACGACUCCGAGGACGCCAUCAAUGAGUUCGACUUCCUGGGCUCAGGAGAGGACGGGGAGGGCGCCCCAGACCCUCGGCGGUGCGCCGGAGAGGGGGCCCGCCGCGAGCUGGAAAGCCGGCGGGUCAAACUCCAGGGAAUUUUGGCCGACCUUCGGGAUGUGGAUGGACUGCCCCCUAAAGUGACGGGUCCCCCGCCUGGCACACCCCAGCCCCGGCCACACGAAGGUUCCUUUGGCUUCUCCUCAGACGUUUUCAUCAUGGACACUAUCGGGGGCGGGGAGGUGAGCCUGGGGGACUUGGCGGAUCUCACCGUCACCAACGACAACGACCUCAGCUGUGAUCUCUCGGACAGCAAAGACGCCUUUAAGAAGACCUGGAACCCCAAAUUCACCCUGCGCUCCCACUACGACGGCGUGCGCUCCCUGGCUUUCCACCACAGCCAGUCCGCCUUGCUCACCGCCUCCGAGGACGGCACGCUCAAGCUCUGGAACCUGCAGAAAGCCGUCACGGCCAAAAAGAAUGCCGCGCUCGAUGUGGAGCCUAUCCACGCCUUCCGGGCUCACAGGGGCCCCGUGUUGGCGGUAGCUGUGGGCAGCAACAGCGAGUACUGCUACAGCGGCGGGGCCGAUGCCCGCAUCCACAGCUGGAAGAUUCCGGACCUCAACGUGGACCCCUAUGAUGGCUACGACCCGAGCGUGCUGAGCCACGUGCUAGAGGGCCACGCGGACGCCGUGUGGGGCCUGGCCUUCAGUCCCGCCUCCCAGCGCCUGGCGUCCUGCUCUGCCGACGGCACCAUUCGCAUCUGGGACCCGAGCAGCAGCAGCCCCACCUGCCUCUGUACCUUCCUCACGGCCAGCGAUCACGGGAUCCCCACCUCAGUGGCCUUCACCAGCACCGAGCCCGCCCACAUCGUGGCCUCCUUCCGCUCUGGCGACACCGUCUUGUACGACCUAGAGGCUGGCAGUGCCCUCCUCUCGCUGGAAUCCCGGGGCAGCAGCGGCCCGACGCAGAUCAACCAGGUGGUGAGCCACCCGCACCAGCCCCUCACCAUCACCGCCCACGACGACAGGGGCAUCCGCUUCCUGGACAGCCGGACAGGGAAGUCUGUGCACUCCAUGGUCGCCCACCUGGACGCGGUCACCUGCCUAGCCGUGGACCCCAACGGCGUGUUCCUGAUGUCGGGAAGCCACGACUGCUCCCUUCGCCUGUGGAGCCUGGACAACAAGACGUGCGUGCAGGAGAUCACGGCCCACCGCAAGAAGCACGAGGAGGCCAUCCACGCGGUCGCGUGCCACCCCAGCAAGGCCCUCAUUGCCAGCGCGGGCGCCGACGCCCUGGCCAAGGUCUUCGUAUGAUGCCCACCUGGCCCCCCCCCGGCCGCCACGCCGGCUGGGGACUGGGGCCGGGCAGGCGGGACUGAGGUGAGGGGCUGGGCAGGAGCAAGGCUUGGUCCGGGACGGCUUCUAGAAACCCUCUGCGUCCUCACCCCUAAACGGGACCUCAGACGCAUCCCUUUGCCUGGCACUUGAGGAGGCUGCCACGUUCCCAAGAUGGUAGCCAGGCCCCUUGUGCGAAUCAUCCAGGUAGCCCCUGGGCCUCAAGAGAGGAGGCUGAGGCCUGACCUCCUGUACCCGCGGGGUCAUGAGGGUCCAGUCUCCCUUCCCUUCUGUCUCCCUCAGGCGACGCCCAGCCUCGGUCUGGAGGCCCGGAGGCCCGGCCUCCUCCCACCUGCCUCGGAACCUGGUGGUGCUAACGGCCCUUUCCCCGGGAGGCCCUUUCCCCGGGAGGCCGUCCCCCACAGCCUCCCCUUCCCCAGGCAUCCAGCCUGGGGAGUCUCCUCCUUCAGGACUCCCCCUCCGGGACGGCCUCGGGGAAUGUCCUCUCUGCGCCCUGACACCCAGUCCUGGUAUCUGAGCUGCCUUGUUGGGUGCAGCACAGCCAGGGCCGGGUGUCCUUGGGGAUCAGCUUUUCCAAGACGCCAGAAGGUGCCAGGUUCUCUCUUUGAACCCCGAUCACGCCUCCCCCUACCCAGACCUGGGAGGUAGCUGUGCCAGGAGGAACCCCAGGCGCCCCUGCCCUGGGUAACCCCAGGAAGCCAUGGCGCCAGCUGGACCCUGGGCCGUCCUCGGUGGGGGAGCGCCCAGCCUGGGCCGCCCUAGCAGCACGCUCGGGUCCACCACCCUCUCCUCCAGUUCUCCCAGCACAGCUUUCUGGACACUACCCAGCGCCCCCAGGGCCAGUAACCUUACCUGGGGCCAGGUGAUGCCCUGGGGGAGGCACCCAGCCCUCUCCCCCUCCCACAGCACUCCUCCAAGGGCAGCCCCCCAGCCCCCACAGGGUCACCCAUGGGGAGAGAGAGCCGUCUCUCACCCCUCCCUGGGGCCUGGAGGCUGGAAGGGGGUCCCCCGGGUCCCCCACAGCUCCCUGUAUAUCUGUAUAAAUAAAUGGGAUUUUAAAGGAGCCCCGCCCCCCCUCCCCUGUCGUUAUCACUGUGUGAUAGUCUGUGUCUCCUCUCCCAGCCCUCCGCUCUCUUCCUCUAUUUAUUUCACUCUUUUUUUGGGUUCCACCCUGAGCCCUCGGGCCCCCUUCAAGGUUCCUGUUUAUAAGCCCCAUCCCCUCUGCCCUGGACUUGGAUGUGAAACUUGUCUCAAUAAACCCUUUGGAGUAAGA